AUGGGUGUCGGCCGGAGGAAGCUGGUCCCGUUCUGGGUUCUAGCCCUGGCCCUGACUUUCUGUCAACACACAGGCCAGGCCCACCAGGACACUCUGAAAUCUGACCAUGUGCGUCACUCUGACUUCUCUUUCCUCCAAGGGCAUGAUGCUGCCCCACUCCAUGGGGUGACCAUCAUCCCACCUCUGAAGACUAUCCCUGUGGUACGAGCUCUCGGCCCAGCACACACCGGGCGAGUGUGCAGCACAUGGGGAGACUUCCAUUACAAGACCUUUGAUGGCCAAGUCUUCCGCUUCCCUGGCCUCUGCAACUAUGUGUUCUCCGCACACUGUGGAGCUGCCUAUGAGGACUUCAAUAUCCAGCUACGUCGUAGCCGGGAGUCUAAUUCCACCACUCUGAGCAGGGUCACCAUGAAGCUUGAUGGCCUGGUUGUUGAGUUGACCAAGAGCUCCGUAUUAGUCAAUAACCACCCGGUUCAGCUGCCCUUCAGCCAGUCUGGGGUCCUCAUUGAGCUCAGCAGUAGCUACCUGAAGGUGGUGGCCAGGCUGGGCCUGGUCUUCAUGUGGAAUGACGAUGACAGUCUCCUGCUGGAGUUGGACACCAAAUACACCAACAAGACUUGUGGUCUCUGUGGAGACUUCAAUGGCAGCCCCGAGUCCAGCGAGUUCCUCUCCCACAAUGUCAGACUGACACCCCUUGAAUUUGGGAACCUCCAGAAGUUGGAUGGCCCCACAGAGCAGUGCCAUGACCCCCUCCCUGUGCCCCAGAAGAACUGCUCCAUCAGAUAUGGCAUCUGUGAAGAGAUCCUGAAAAGCCAGCUGUUCUCAGACUGCUCGGCCCUGGUGGACAUCAGCAGCUACCUGGAGGCUUGCCGGCAGGACCUCUGUCUCUGUGAGAGCCCUGACCUGUCCAGCUGCAUCUGCCAUACCCUGGCUGAGUACUCCCGGCAGUGUGCCCACGCUGGAGGACAGCCCCAGGACUGGCGGGGUCCCAACCUCUGCUCUCAGACCUGCCCCCUCAACAUGCAACACCAGGAAUGCGGCUCACCCUGCGUGGACACCUGCUCCAACCCCCAGCGCUCCCAGGCCUGUGAGGACCACUGUGUUGCUGGCUGCUUCUGUCCUAAAGGGAUGGUAUUUGAUGACAUCAGCCAGACUGGCUGUGUCCCUGUGUCCCAGUGUGCCUGUCUAUAUAAUGGGACAUCUUAUGCACCGGGUACCAACUACUCAACUGACUGCACCAACACAUGCUCUGGAGGUCGGUGGAGCUGCCAAGAGGUCCCUUGCCCUGGCACCUGCUCAGUGUUGGGAGGUUCCCACUUCUCCACAUUUGAUGAAAGGCAAUACACAGUGCACGGGGACUGCAGCUACGUGCUGAGCAAGCCCUGUGACAGCAAUAUCUUCACUGUGCUGGCCGAGCUUCGAAAGUGUGGACUGACAGACAGCGAGACUUGUCUGAAGAGUGUGACACUGAGCCUGGGUGGGGGUCAGACGGUCGUCACGGUGAAAGCCACUGGAGAGGUCUUUGUGAACCAGAUUUAUACCCAACUGCCAGUGUCUACAGCCAAUGUUACCCUCUUCCGGCCAUCAACCUUCUUCAUCAUUGCCCAGACCAAUCUGGGGCUGCAGCUUGAGAUCCAGCUGGUGCCCAUCAUGCAAGUGUUUGUGCGACUGGCACCUGUGCUCCGGGGUCUGACCUGCGGGCUCUGUGGGAAUUUCAACAGUAUCCAGGCCGAUGACUUCCAGACCAUCAGUGGGGUUGUGGAGGGCACAGCAGCUGCCUUCUUCAACACCUUCAAGACCCAGGCGGCUUGUCCUAAUGUCAGGAAUAUCUUUGAGGACCCCUGCUCGCUCAGCGUGGAGAAUGAGAAGUAUGCCCAGCACUGGUGUUCUCAGCUGACUGAUGCCAGUGGCCCAUUUUCCCAGUGCCACACCACCGUGAACCCCAGCACCUACUUCUCGAACUGCAUGUUUGACACGUGCAACUGUGAGAAGAGUGAGGACUGCAUGUGUGCCGCCCUGUCUUCCUAUGUGCAUGCUUGUGCCGCCAAAGGCGUGCUGCUCAGUGAUUGGAGAGAUGGCGUCUGCACAAAGGCUACAACUACCUGCCCCAAGUCGAUGACCUACCAAUACCACAUCAGCACCUGCCAGCCCACCUGCCGUGCUCUGAAUGAGGAAGAUGUCACCUGCCAUGUCAACUUCGUCCCUGUAGAUGGUUGCACCUGCCCUGCAGGCACCUUCUUGGAUGAUUCGGGCAAAUGUGUGCAGGCCACCAGCUGUCCCUGCUACCACAGGGGAUCCAUAGUCCCCAACGGCGAGUCUGUUCAUGACAGUGGGGCCAUUUGCACCUGCACCCAGGGAACACUGACCUGCAUCGGAGGUCCUGCCCCGACUCCAGUGUGUGAUGCACCCAUGAUCUAUUUUGACUGUCACAAUGCUACACUGGGGGACACUGGAGCUGGAUGUCAGAAGAGCUGUCACACCCUGGACAUGACCUGUUACAUCUCUGAAUGCGUGCCUGGCUGUGUCUGCCCUGAUGGGUUGGUGGCAGAUGGUAAUGGAGGCUGUGUUGUUGCCGAGGACUGUCCCUGUGUGCACAACGAGGCCACUUACAGGCCUGGAGAGACCAUCCGAGUGGGCUGCAACAACUGCACCUGUGAGAACAGGAUGUGGAGGUGCACAGACAAGCCCUGUCUGGCCACCUGUGCUGUGUAUGGGGAUGGCCACUACCUCACUUUCGAUGGGCAGCGCUACAGCUUCAGUGGGAACUGCGAAUACACGCUGCUGCAGGACCACUGUGGUGGGAACGGCAGCUCCCAGGAUGCCUUUCGUGUUGUUACCGAGAACAUCCCCUGUGGUACUACGGGAACCACCUGCUCCAAGGACAUCAAGAUCUUCCUGAGGAACUAUGAGCUGAAGCUGAGUGACGGGAAGGUGGAGGUGGUCCAGAAGGACGUGGGGCAGGAGCCCCCCUACUAUGUCCACCAGAUGGGCAUCUACCUGGUGGUGGAAACGGACGUUGGACUGGUGCUUCUGUGGGACAGGAAGACCAGCAUCUUUCUCAGACUCAGCCCUGAGUUCAAGGGCAAGGUCUGUGGCCUGUGUGGGAAUUUUGACGACAAUGCCAUCAAUGACUUCACCACGCGCAGCCAGUCUGUGGUGGGUGAUGUGCUGGAGUUUGGAAAUAGCUGGAAGUUCUCCCCAUCCUGCCCGGAUGCCCUGGUGCCCAAGGAUCCCUGCACUGCCAACCCUUACCGCAAGUCCUGGGCCCAAAAGCAAUGCAGCAUCAUCAACAGUGAAACCUUCACCGCCUGCCAUGCCCAUGUGGAGCCUGCCAAGUACUAUGAAGCCUGUGUGAGUGACGCAUGUGCCUGUGACUCAGGAGGUGACUGCGAGUGUUUCUGCACCGCUGUGGCCGCCUAUGCCCAGGCCUGCCAUGAAGUGGGAGUGUGUGUGUCCUGGAGAACACCAGACAUCUGCCCGCUAUUCUGUGACUACUACAACCCAGAGGGUCAGUGUGAGUGGCACUACCAGCCAUGUGGGGCCCCCUGCAUGCGCACCUGCCAGAACCCUAGUGGACACUGCCUACAUGAUCUGCAUGGCCUUGAAGGCUGCUACCCCAAGUGCCCACCAACAGCCCCCAUCUUUGAUGAGCGUAAGAUGCAGUGUGUAUCCAAUUGUAUCCCUUUGCCUCCACCACUGCCUCCCUGCCGUAUCAAUGGAAAGUUGUACCGACUAGGUGCGAAAGUACCUUCAGACAAGAACUGCCAUUCCUGCAUUUGCACGGAAAAUGGUGUGAGCUGUAGCUAUGAUGCUUCUGCCUGUGUCUGUACCUACAAUGGGCAACACUUCCAUUCUGGGGAAAUCAUCUACCACACAACCGACGGCACGGGAGGCUGCAUCUCUGCAUACUGCAGGGCCAACGGGACCAUCGAAAGGAACGUCGACACCUGCAGCCCCACCACUCCCAUGCCCCCGACCACUUUCUCCUUCUCCACGCCAGUGGUCAUGACUUCAAUGCCACCCUCCAGCACACAGACCAGCUCUCCGAGUAUAGUGUACACAGGGCCCCCAAGCACAGCUACAUCGACAACAAGCAGCAUGUUGUCUGUGAAGACGCCUGCCACAGCCUCCACUUUGACCACAUCUACUAUGACCUCCACCUUAACCAUGCCAGGGUGCCAGGAGGAGUGCGUCUGGUCUCCCUGGAUGGAUGUCAGCCGUCCUGGACGUGGUAUUGACAGUGGUGACUUUGACACUCUGGAGAACCUCCGUGCCCAUGGCUACCAGAUCUGCCGAGUACCAAGGGCAGUGGAGUGCCGUGCAGAGGAUGCCCCUGAGGUACCACUUCAUGCACUAGGGCAGCGUGUGGAGUGCAGUACAACUGUUGGGCUGACAUGUCACAACAAGGAUCAGGUGUCAGAGCUCUGUGAAAACUACCAGAUCAGAAUUGAGUGCUGUACCCCCAUCAGCUGUCCAACCUCUAGUGGUCCAAGCCAGAGCACACAAUUGAUAACCUCUAGGACAACUACAAAGGGGCCCACAACCUCCGUAGCCCCUGUCACCUCAACUGACCACACAGACAGCACAGUUAUCCCAGGUCCCUCUACCCAUGCUCUGAGUCCUUUCCCCUCUCCCUCACAUCCUUUCUCAUCAGCUCCAAGUCCAUCUACGUCUGCCCCCAUUGGUUCUACCACAGUGAAAACAACUCUGUCCACUACUAGCCCAAUUCCAGAGCCAACUUCAGCCACAUGGUCCAUCCCAACCUCAGGGUCCACCAUAGCCUCUUUUGAGACUACCCAUGAAUGCAAACGGGAACUUUGCAGUUGGACUGAUUGGAUAGAUGGCAGCUACCCUGGGCCUGACAGAAACAGUGGAGAUUUUGACACUUUUGAAAACCUGAGAUCCAAAGGAUACAAGUUCUGUGAGAAGCCACAAAAUGUUCGGUGUAGGGCUCAGUUCUUUCCCAACACACCUCUGGAGGAGCUGGGGCAGAAUGUGACCUGCAACCCAGAGGAAGGGUUGCUCUGUUUGAACAAGAACCAGCUCCCACCCAUUUGUUAUAACUAUGAGAUCCAGAUAGAGUGCUGCACAGUAGUGGACGUGUGCUCCAUGACAUCGGCUACCACACAUUCUACCUCACAUGAAGUAAGCACAGAAACAAAGACCCCUUGGACCACAAGCUCGCACUCAUCUCCCACCAAAGAAACCAGUACUCUUUCAGCAACCAUACACCCAAAGACCUGGGCAACAGGCAGUUCACACACAAUCACCACACCAGUGUCUUCCCACUGCCAGCUACAGUGCAACUGGACCAAGUGGUUUGACACUGACUUCCCGGUGCCCGGGCCACAUGGAGGAGACCUGGAAACCUACAGCAACAUCCUAAGGAUGGGAGAGAAGAUCUGUCACGAGAUCACACAGCUGGAGUGCAGGGCUGAGAACCACCCUGAGGUGAGGGUGGAGGACCUGGGUCAGGUGGUGCAGUGUGACCCCACUAUUGGCCUGGUGUGCAGGAACCGGGACCAGCAGGACAUGUCUGGCAUGUGCCUCAACUACGAGGUGCGAGUGCUCUGCUGUCGUCUUCCUGAAGACUGCCAAAUCACCACACGGGCCUCGCUGUCCAGCACCCCAGGUGACACUGUCACCAGCUCAUCUCCUGGCAUGACAUCUGUGCAUACAGCAGUCAGUCCAUCCAUGUCCCCAACCAGGACAACCAUUGUGGAGACUACAGCCAGCACCAUGUCCACCAGGACCACAUCUGUGCAGACAGCCAGCACCAUGUCUACCAGGGACACCAGGGACACCAGGAGCACGUCUGUGCAGACGGCCAGCACCAUGUCCACCAGAGACACCAGGACCACCUCUGGGCAGACAGCCAGCACCACCUACAAACCCCAACCCAGCUCUCCAUCUAUCGAAAAACUGAGCACCACCCUCCAAACCCAGACCAGCUCAGCAUCUACAGAAAAAUCCAGAACCACAUCUGUGCAGACAGCCAGCACGACUUUCAUGGGAAAAACCAGUGUCACAUCUGUGCCUGGAACCAGAGUCACCUCUGCUCCUCUCAGCACCACAGGCCCAGGGCCUCAUUCUGGGACGACUUCCUCCACAGUGGCCACCCACUGCCAGCUACAGUGCAACUGGACCAAGUGGUUUGACACUGACUUCCCGGUGCCCGGGCCACAUGGAGGGGACCUGGAAACCUACAGCAACAUCCUGAGGACGGGAGAGAAGAUCUGUCACCAGCCAGAGGAGAUCACACAGCUGGAGUGCAGGGCUGAGAACCACCCUGAGGUGAGGGUGGAGGACCUGGGUCAGGUGGUGCAGUGUGACCCCACUAUUGGCCUGGUGUGCAGGAACCGGGACCAGCAGGACAUGUCUGGCAUGUGCCUCAACUACGAGGUGCGAGUGCUCUGCUGUCGUCUUCCUGAAGACUGCCAAAUCACCACACGGGCCUCGCUGUCCAGCACCCCAGGUGACACUGUCACCAGCUCAUCUCCUGGCAUGACAUCUGUGCAUACAGCAGUCAGCACAUCCAUGUCCCCAACAAGGACAACUAUUGUGGAGACCGUCAGCACCACCUCCACACCGCAAACCAGCUCAGUCUCUGGGCAGACAGCCAGCACCAUGUCCACCAAGGACACCAGGGACACCAGGACCACCUCUGUGCAGACAGCCAGCACCAUGUCCACCAAGGACACCAGGGACACCAGGACCACCUCUCUGCAGACAGCCAGCACCAUGUCCACCAAGGACACCAGCACCAUCACUGAGAAGACAGCCAAUACCACCUACAUAACCCAAACCAGCUCUCCCUCUACCAGAAAACUGAGCACCACCCUCAAAACCCAGACCAUGUCCCCAACCAGGACAACCAUUGUGGAGACCAUCAGCACCACCUCCACUCCAAAAACUGACUCAAUCUCUGGGCAGACAGCCAGCACCAUGUCCACCAGGACCACAUCUACCAGCUCAACCUCUACAGAAAAAUCCAGAACCACCUCUGGGCAGCCAGCCAGCACCAUGUCCACUGGGGACACCAGGGACACCAGGACCACCUCUGAGCAAACAGGCAGCACCACAUCCAUGCAUAAUUCCAAACAAACCUCUGGGCAGCCAGCCAGAACCAUGUCCACCAGGGGCACCAGCACCAUCUCUGAGAAAACAGCCAGUACCACCUACAAACCCCAAACCAGCUCUCCCUCUACCGGAAAACUGAGCACCACCCUCAAAACCCAGACUAGCUCAGCAUCUACAGAAAAAUCCAGGACCACCUCUGGGCAGACAGCCAGCACCACCUACAAACCCCAACCCAGCUCUCCAUCUAUCGAAAAACUGAGCACCACCCUCCAAACCCAGACCAGCUCAGCAUCUACAGAAAAAUCCAGAACCACAUCUGUGCAGACAGCCAGCACGACUUUCAUGGGAAAAACCAGUGUCACAUCUGUGCCUGGAACCAGAGUCACCUCUGCUCCUCUCAGCACCACAGGCCCAGGGCCUCAUUCUGGGACGACUUCCUCCACAGUGGCCACCCACUGCCAGCUACAGUGCAACUGGACCAAGUGGUUUGACACUGACUUCCCGGUGCCCGGGCCACAUGGAGGGGACCUGGAAACCUACAGCAACAUCCUGAGGACGGGAGAGAAGAUCUGUCACCAGCCAGAGGAGAUCACACAGCUGGAGUGUAGGGCUGAGAACCACCCUGAGGUGAGGGUGGAGGACCUGGGUCAGGUGGUGCAGUGUGACCCCACUAUUGGCCUGGUGUGCAGGAACCGGGACCAGCAGGACAUGUCUGGCAUGUGCCUCAACUACGAGGUGCGAGUGCUCUGCUGUCGUCUUCCUGAAGACUGCCAAAUCACCACACGGGCCUCGCUGUCCAGCACCCCAGGUGACACUGUCACCAGCUCAUCUCCUGGCAUGACAUCUGUGCAUACAGCAGUCAGUACAUCCAUGUCCCCAACCAGGACAACCAUUGUGGAGACCAUCAGCACCACCUCCACACCAAAAACCAGCUCAGUCUCUGGGCAGACAGCCAGCACCAUGUCCACCAAGGAUACCAGGGACACCAGGACUACCUCUCUGCAGACAGCCAGCACCAUGUCCACCAAGGACACCAGGGACACCAGGACCUCCUCUACAACCAGCAUCACGACCACCAGGCGCCCCUCUAGACCCCGGACUACGCAGACAACCAGCAUCACGACCACCAGGCGCCCCUCUAGACCCCGGACUACGCAGACAACCAGCAUCACGACCACCAGGCGCCCCUCUAGACCCCGGACUACACAGACAACCAGCAUCACGACCACCAGGCGCCCUUCUAGAACCCCAUCUGUGCAGGUAGUCAGCACCACGACCAUCAGGCGCCCCUCCAGAACCCAGUCUUCGCAGACAGCCAGCACCAUGUCCCCCAGGGGCAUGAGAACCACUUAUGGGCAGACAGUCAGCACAACAUUCAUGGAAAAAACCAGCGCUUUCUCUGUGCCUGGAACCACAGCCACCUCUGCUCCUCUCAGCACCACAGGCCCCGGGCCUCAUUCUGGGACGACUUCCUCCACAGUGGCCACCCACUGCCAGCUACAGUGCAACUGGACCAAGUGGUUUGACACUGACUUCCCGGUGCCCGGGCCACAUGGAGGGGACCUGGAAACCUACAGCAACAUCCUGAGGACGGGAGAGAAGAUCUGUCAUCAGCCAGAGGAGAUCACACAGCUGGAGUGCAGGGCUGAGAACCACCCUGAGGUGAGGGUGGAGGACCUGGGUCAGGUGGUGCAGUGUGACCCCACUAUUGGCCUGGUGUGCAGGAACCGGGACCAGCAGGACAUGUCUGGGAUGUGCCUCAACUACGAGGUUCGAGUGCUGUGCUGUCGUCUUCCUGAAGGCUGCCCUGUGACCUAUGGGACUCCUCCUGUGACAUCAUCUCACAAGCCUUCAUUUCCAGUUGUGUCCACCCCAUCUGUGCCGUCAACCUCAUUGUCCAGCCCUAGGGUACACUCUGCCCUCCCUUGUUUGUGCAACGUCUCAGGCCGUCUAUACUCUAUUGGAUCGAUCAUCUACAACCAGACAGAUCUUGAUGGCCACUGUUACUAUGCAUUGUGCAGCCAGGACUGCCAGGUGGUUAGAGGGGUUAGUCAGGACUGCCCCUCCACCAUGCCACCGCCUACCCCUGCUGCUUCCACCUCUGCGUCUACCAUCACACCUGUCACUGCGUGGGAUAGGUGCAAUGUGUUUCCUCCAAAAAUGAAAGGGGAGACCUGGCCCAUGCCUAAUUGCUCCCAAGCCACCUGUGAGGGCAACAAUGUCAUUUCCCUGAGCCCACGCCAGUGCCCAGAGGUGAAGGCACCAUCUUGUGCCAACGGCUACCCACCCCUGAAGGUGGAUGACCAGGACAGUUGCUGCCAGCACUACCAAUGCCAGUGUGUCUGCAGCGGCUGGGGUGAUCCCCACUACAUCACGUUUGACGGCACCUACUACACUUUUCUUGAUAACUGCACAUACGUGCUGGUGCAACAGAUCGUGCCUGUGUUUGGACACUUCCGUGUGCUCAUUGACAACUACUUCUGUGACCUGGGAGACAGUGUUUCCUGCCCACAGUCCAUCAUUGUGGAGUACCACCAGGACCGUGUGGUGCUGACCCGCAGGCCAGUUGGCGGGAUCAUGACCAACCAGAUCAUCUUCAACGACAAGGUAGUCAGUCCUGGAUUCCAGCAGAAUGGCAUUGUUGUGUCCCGUGUGGGUAUCAAGAUGUAUGUCACCAUCCAGGAGAUUGGCGUCCAGGUCAUGUUCUCAGGCCUCAUCUUCUCUGUCGAGGUGCCCUUCAACCUCUUUGCCAACAACACAGAGGGCCAAUGUGGCACUUGCACCAAUGACAAGAAGGAUGACUGCCGCCUGCCUGGAGGGGCAAUGACCUCUUGUUCUGAUAUGGCCCCCCACUGGAAGGUGCCCAACCAGCCUUCAUGCCAAGGGCCUCCUCCAACAUCAAUUUCAGUGGUACCCAGUCCUUCACCGACCCCAUGCCCACCGUCACCAAUCUGUCAGCUCAUCCUAAGCAAAGUCUUCCAGUCCUGCCACGACAUUGUCCCUCCACUACCAUUCUAUAAAGGAUGCUUAUUUGACUACUGCCAUGGGUUGGGCUUGGAGGUGGUGUGCUCAGGCCUAGAGCUCUAUGCAUCACUCUGUGCGGCCAAAGGCCGGUGCAUCCCCUGGAGAAGCCAGACCAACAACUCCUGUCCAUUCACCUGCCCUGAUAACAAAGUAUACCAGCCAUGUGGCCCAACCAACCCUCACUACUGCUAUGGGAAUGAUGACAUCAGCACCAGCUUAACCCUUCAAGAAGCUGGCCCCUUCACAGAGGGCUGCUUCUGUCCAGAUGACACCACACUUUUCAGUACUAAUGAUUCAAUCUGCGUGCCUUCCUGCCAAUGGUGCCUGGGUCCUCAUGGAGAACCUGUAGAGCCGGGCCACACCAUCAGCUUCAACUGCCAGGACUGCAUCUGCAAGGAGGGCACGCUGACCUGCCAAAGGAAGAGCUGUCCCCAGACCACCUGCCUGGAGCCUGGCUUUGUGCCGGUGCCUGAAGCCCUGGAGGCUGGCCAGUGUUGUCCCCGGUUCAGCUGUGUUUGCAACUCCAGCCACUGCCCUCCUCCUCUGCACUGCCCAAACAAUUCUAGCCUGAUGGUCACAUACAAGGAGGGAGCUUGCUGUCCAAGCCAAAACUGCAUCGGUCGGAAGGGCUGUGAAUUCAACGGGACCCUCUAUCAGCCUGGUGAUGUGGUCUCCUCCAGCCUAUGUGAAACAUGCUUGUGUCAGGCGCCCAGCAAUCCCCAUUCAGAUGUUUUUGUGAUCAGCUGUGAGACGGAGCUCUGCAACACCCUAUGCCCUACGGGCUUUGAGUACCAGGAUGAACCAGGACAGUGUUGUGGCCGGUGUGUGCAGAAGGGCUGCACCUUUAAAAACAGCAACAGCUCUGUCUACUACUACCCUCCUGGUGAGUCCUGGCCAGAACCUGGGGACCCCUGUGUGACUCAUAAGUGUGAGAAGCUCCAAGAUGUAUUCAUAGUUGUGACAACGAAGAGGGAGUGCCCCAAGAUCAACUGUCCACAGGGCCAGGUUCAGCUGAGAGAAGAUGGUUGCUGCCAUGACUGUCUCAUCACCCAGCAGAAAUGCACGGUUCAUCAAAGACAGCAGAUCAUCCAUCAGCAGAACUGCAGCUCCGAGGGACCAGUGAGCCUCUCCUACUGCCAGGGCAACUGCGGGGACAGCACAUCCAUGUACUCCCUGGAGGCCAACACAGUGGAGCAUAAGUGUGAGUGCUGCCAGGAGCUGCAAACCUCACAGAGGAAUGUGACUCUACACUGUGAUGAUGGCUCAAGUCGCACCUACAGCUACACCCAGGUUGAAAAGUGUGGCUGCCUGGGCCAGCGGUGCCAUGCUCUAGGUAACACAAGCUACUCAGAGUCCUCAGAAUCUGAGUUCAAGUCUAAGGAAAGUAAAGAACAUGGCCAGAAGUUGGCAUUCGGGGCCAGCAAGGAGGUGCCUGGGCCUUUCCAGUAA